GGGCUGCCUAUGUGUCAGUCCUCUUGAAAAUGAACACCUCAUGGAAAUGUUUUUCUUUGUGACCAUGCUGCUGUUUCCCAGUGUGUAGACUCAGCUGAGGCAUCAUGAAGUACUUCAUUCUUCUGGCUCUGUUCGCUGCAGCUUUUGCUGCUCCCAUUGAGGAUGACAAGAUUGUUGGAGGCUACGAGUGCAGGAAGAACUCUGUGCAGUACCAGGUCUCUCUGAACUCUGGGUACCACUUCUGUGGAGGCUCCCUGAUCUCCAGCACCUGGGUGGUGUCUGCUGCUCACUGCUACAAGUCCCGUGUCCAGGUGCGUCUUGGAGAGCACAACAUUGCCGUCAACGAGGGCACCGAGCAGUUCAUCAACUCUGCCAGGGUCAUCCGCCACCCCAGCUACAACAGCCGCAACCUGGACAAUGACAUCAUGCUGAUCAAGCUGAGCAAGCCCGCCACCCUGAACAGCUACGUCCGCACCGUGUCCCUGCCCUCCAGCUGUGCCGGCUCUGGAACCCGCUGCCUGAUCUCUGGAUGGGGCAACACCAGCAGCUCUGGAAGCAACUACCCUGAUCGUCUGAGGUGCCUGGAUGCCCCCAUCCUGAGUGACAGCAGCUGCAGGUCUGCCUACCCUGGACAGAUCACCUCCAACAUGUUCUGUGCUGGAUUCAUGGAGGGAGGCAAGGACUCCUGCCAGGGAGACUCUGGUGGCCCCGUGGUGUGUAACGGCCAGCUGCAGGGCGUGGUGUCCUGGGGUUACGGCUGCGCCCAGAGGAACAAGCCCGGUGUCUACGCCAAGGUCUGCAACUACAACUCCUGGAUCCGCAACACCAUGUCCUCCAACUAAAGUCUCUUUACUGGAAGGAUCCUUCAUCUAAGGAGUCUCAAACUUUGACACCUGUUUUGAGAAAA